AUGCAAGGAUCAAAACUAAGCAUCUGCCGUAUUUUAGAAUUAGUUUUUCCAACUGAACCAUUUUUACCAAACCCAUCAAAAAACAUUGCAUCGAAAACUACCGCAAAAUCUGAUAAAUCUCCUCCAGUUAUUCAGUCUAAACAAAGUGCAGAUGAUACUGUAUCAAAGACAAUCAAUACAUCUUCGGAGAUACUAACGUCAUCCAAUUGUGCAGUACAAAAACCCUUGCUCAACGAGCAGAAACCAAACCCUACCGAGUAUUUUCAUGUCGAAAGGACUAAAACAAAAAAACCUAAUCAACUACAUUCUUUUGAAAAGCUGGUCCGUUUGUUUGGAGAUAGCUACACAUCGCAUAACACAAUUCUCCAGUAUAUCGAGAAAACAACUCUGAAUGUUCCACUCAUGCGCAUAAAAGUUAUUAUUUUGUCAUAUCUUGAUGCAUGGUAUUCAGCAGCGUCAACAACAACACAAACUUCCAUAGCUGAACAUCAAAUGCCAUUAUUGAGGAAAGUUUUAUCUGCCAAUAUUGAAAACGAAUUUCAAGCAUUGUAUGGAAUUCAGCUGUUUUGUACGACAUCAGUCAAGUUAACGGGUUCGAGAACAGCUUUUACUGGAUGUUUAGACAGGCUUAACACGGUUAAUUUACUGUUUCAAACAUUUUAUGAUUAUGGAUGUAUUAGACAAGAGAUGUAUUAG